CCCUCCACCCAUGUUGUUAUUAUUUAACACGUGUGUUAACUGCUUUGAAAUAUAUUACAGUGAAGACCUUAAAGUUUAUGAAUAUCUGUGUAAUAUUUCCGUGUGUUAAGUUUGUUUAUAAUGAAGAUUUCCUUGUGUUAAGUUGUUUAUAAAGUAUAGUCCCGUGUGUAAGUUGCUGAUAUCCUGGAGUACAGUAUUAAGUACAGUAAAAAUCUGAAACUACUGAACUACUCAUAAAAUCUGGAACUAUUACUGUAACCAAGUCUGGAUGUACUGUAUUAAUAUAAUACUACAGAAUGUAUUUAAGGCGUGAAUGAUGGCAACAUUAGCAAGUCGCCGCUGGGCUCUAGACUCACAGCUACUAGUCGCCAUCCAGAACAACGAUGUUAACAGGGCUCAGAAACUCUUCCAGGCGGGUGUUGAUACAGAUAUACGCUUCUCCAUAAACUCCAAGCAACGUCCGGCACUUUGUCUGUGUGUCGAAAAUAACGCUCCUGAUAUGGUUCAACUUUUGGUCAGUAUGGGCGUCAGUAUUAACCAAGGUGACUCUCUGGGACUCACCCCUUUGCACAUCACCUGUACCCAGGGAUACCCACACCUGGCCAGGCUACUAAUUAAUGCUCGGGCCAACGUGAAUGCAAGAACACAACAAGGGCACACUCCUCUCCACUUCGCUGCCAUGAGGGGAAACCAAGCUCUGGUGGAGAUGUUGUUAUUACAUAAAGCUGCUGUAGACAUUAUUGAUAGUGAUGGCUGCACCCCAUUACACCGUGCAGCACAGUCACGAAAUUCAGAACUCGUUGAAAUUCUCCUGAACGCCCGUGCUAGUCCCGAAUACGUCGACAAUCAGGGCAACACAGUGCUACACCAUGCUGUUAAUGUUAAUGGUGUUAAACCAUCUACAGUCAGAAUACUGGCACUGGCCCACCCUCCAGCAGUUUCUGCCACUAACUCUUGUUCGGAAACGCCAUUACAUGUAGCAGUACGUAGUGGGAGACAAGAUUCUGAGAGUGUCUUAGCUGCAGUGGUGGAGAUUGGGUCGAGGACAGCUCUAAAUUCCAAGGGGUCUCUAGGCCACACGGCUCUACAUGUAGCUAUACUGGAUCACCGUAUCAACCUGCUACGUCUGUUACUUACUGCUGGGGCUGACACCAACACAGAAGACCAUUUAGGUCACACGCCAUUGGUGUCAGCGGCCAGAGACGCCUCCUGGGGUGCAGUAGCGUUGCUUUUAGCUGCUGGGGCUCGAACCAAGAGACUGAUCCAAGGCGGCGACAUUGAAACUGAAAUCCGUGACUCAGGUAUUCGUGCACUGCUUAAAGAAGCUACACGACAGCCCCCGCAUCUCUCAAGUCUGUGCCGCCGAGCUCUGACAGACCAUUUGGGGCCUCAGGCACUGACUGUUCUCUCCAAGGCAACCCUCCCUGCUGUAUGGCACAACUUCCUCACUUUUCAGUCAUUGAAUCUUUAAUUAAUAACUUUAACCUGAAAUUUAUGUCUCAUAACCACAUUGUUUUAACUCUGGCAUUAUAUAAGUUAUAUACUGUACUGUAAAGUGAUGAUACAGUCAUGCAGUAAUGGUCAAAAUUCCAGCUUCAUGCAAGUCCAAUAUUGUAAACUGGUACAAUAUUGUCAUGCAGACUUUAUGUAAGCUGUAUAGAUAAUUAUUCAUGUCCAGGACACCCCAGUCCACCCAACUGGGAAUGGGUACCUGACUUUACAAUUGAAAAUUAAAUGUAGUCAAGUGCAGUGAUGACCACACUGCCUCCUUGUAUACUGAAGGCUUAAUAUAAAGUGUGCUGUAACCUGACUGGCCUUAAUGGUUCAUAUGGGACCCACACUUCAGUUUGUAUCUCUAGGGUAAAAUGAUAAUUACAA